AGCAACAAAAGAAGCCCCCGAAACUGCUCUCUUUUCUCCUCUAUCUGUACCGUAUCCCUCCCAGUUUGGCCUAUAGUCGUAUCCAUUUCCACUCUCUCUCUCUCUCUCUCUCUCUCUCUCUCUCUCUCUCUCCCCCUCCCUCCCUCUCUCUCUGCAAAUCAGCACUGUUUAGCGAAAGAGACUCAAACAAGUGUCCUACUCUGCAAAAUAAUCAAACCGUAGGGUUUCGAAAACCCCCAAACCCCACUCCGAUUUUAAAUAAUUUCCAACCUAUCCUCACUCGUUAGGGUUCAUCAUUUCUUUAUCGAUCUUGUAUCCUCCUCAUUUGUAACCGUGUAUUGCAUUUAGAUAAGGUCUCGUUAUUCCUGGCCUCUGAUCGAUCGAUUUGCGAAUGGCUUCAUCUUCAUCUUCGUCAUUAACGGUUGCGAAUCGGGACGGGUCUUCUUCAGCUUCUGAGGACGAAGCCAUCAUGUCCGUAACCCGUGCUUACGCGCAGGACGCCUUAUUGCAAUUCCAGUCGGGCAAGUUCGAUCAGUGCCUAACCGCCUUGUCCGAGUGCCUGAAGAGGAAGCCAAACGAUCCCAAAAUAUUUCAUAAUAUCGGACUUUCGGAAUUCUAUCGAGAUGGUUGCUCACAUCCUAAGAGGUUGCUUGAUGUACUUAAUGAUGUGAAGAAACGAAGUGAAGAGCUUGCUCGAGCAUCUGCAGAACAGGUGGAGUCGGGUAGCAAUAUUGGAGGGUCCAGAGGAAGUAGUACAAUGGGACAUCCCUUUUCUGCUGUUUACAUGGAUGAAUUUGACACAUAUGUUGCUACCUUAAACAUUGCAGUUAUCUGGUUCCAUCUUCACGAAUAUGCAAAGGCAUUGUCUGUCGUUGAACCUCUGUUUCAAAAUAGAGGACCUAUAGAUGAGAAAACUGCUCUUAAUAUUUGCCUUUUGUUGCUGGAUGUUGGGCUGGCUUGCCAUGAUGCAACGAAAUCUGCUGAUGUUUUGGUUUAUCUGGAAAAAGCUUUUGGUGUUAGCUGUAUGAAUCAAGGAGACAGUGGAAGCACUGCGUUGCAACAACCUGCAAACCCAGUUGCAAAGUCUCCAUCACUUCCUACCAAUUCAUCAGCAGCGGAUGGUCCCAAUUUGGAUUCAGAUGCAAAUGCCUUGGAGUCUGAGGAGACAGGCGAGUAUGAUGGUGCUGUUUUUGACAUGGAUGUCGCACAGCCAACUGCUCUUUUAUCUUCAAAUGAUCUUUCAAGGAACCCAGUUGACAUAUCCGUCUCUUCUGUUUAUCUGAAGCUUAAGAUGCAACUUUACAAGGUUCGGUUUCUGCUUCUCACUAGGAACUUAAAGCAAGCUAAACGUGAAGUGAAGCAUGCUAUGAAUAUUGCACGCGGGAGAGAUUCUUCUAUGGCUCUCCUCUUGAAGUCCCAGCUUGAAUAUGCUCGUGGUAAUUAUCGUAAAGCCAUCAAGUUGUUGAUGGCAUCUAGUAAUCGAACAGAUGCAAGGAUAUCAAGCAUGAUCAACAAUAAUCUAGGAUGCAUUUAUUAUCAGCUUGGGAAAUAUCACACAGCUUCAGUAUUCUUCUCCAACGCAUUGCUUAAUUGUUCAUCUCUUCGGAAGGACAGGCCUAUAAAUCUGUUAACUUUUUCACAGGACAAUUCCCUCCUAAUUAUAUAUAACUCUGGUAUGCAGUACUUGGCCUGCGGGAAACCACUACUUGCUGCUCGCUGUUUUCAAAAGGCUGGUUUAGUUUUCUACAACCGGCCUCUGUUGUGGCUUCGAUUUGCUGAGUGCUGUCUGAUGGCUUUAGAGAAGGGAUUAUUGGAAACCACUCUGGCAUCAUCAGAAGUCAGAGUUUAUGUCAUUGGCAAUGGGAAGUGGAGGCAACUUGUAAUGGAAGACGGGGUUUCCAAGAAUGGAAACUCGGGUUCUUUUGAAAGAGGUGAUUUGUUUUUGGGAAGUGAUCAGCAGCCUAAGCUCUCGAUGUCCCUUGCACGGCAGUGUCUCUCUAAUGCCCUGUACUUACUGAACUGUUCUGAGUCAAGCUAUUGUAAGAAUUCUUUGCCCUCUAAUUUCUUCUUAGAGGAUAAUGAAUUAGGUGAAGUGGCAUCUUCCAAGAACUCAAACAACAAGAACUUUCACAGCAUCGAUUCCGAGGCAUCUGCGUUCUCUGUAGGCUUGGGCCAGUCAGGCAUAAAUGGGGAUGCAAAAGAGCAAAAGGCAGGAACUACUCAGGAGCUUGUGCAGAACUCCCUUUUGUACUAUGCAGAUAUUCGUAACAAGGAAAAUCUGUUGCUCAAACAAGCUCUUCUUGCAAAUCUGGCAUAUGUAGAGUUGGAAUUGGAAAAUCCUAUGAAGGCCUUGUCAAUUGCAAGGUCUCUCUUGGAACUUCCAGAAUGUUCAAGAAUUUACAUCUUUUUAGGUCAUGUGUAUGCUGCAGAGGCUCUCUGCUUGCUGAACAGGGCAAAGGAUGCUGCUGAUCAUUUGAUGACAUAUUUGUCUGGAGGUAACAACGUUGACUUGCCAUUCAGCGAGGAGGACUCUGAGCAAUUGCAAGGAGUCAGGGCUGUUGAUUAUGAAGAGUUGAAUGGAGGAUCAAUGAGUGCCAAAAGUUCUUCCCCUGAAGACACAUUAGGUAUCGUGUUCCUCAAGCCAGAAGAGGCACUAGCAAGCCUGUAUGUAAAUUUUGCUGCCUUGUACGCUAUGCAGGGUGAACUUGAUCAGGCCCGCCAGUUUGUUGCACAGGCAUUAUCCAUAGUACCCAACAGUCCAGAAGCAACUUUGACUGCAGUUUACGUGGAUCUCAAGCUCGGUAAGUCGCAAGAAGCUCUUGCCAAGUUAAAACAGUGUAGUCGAGUUACAUUCCUUCCUAGUGGAUUGACAUUGAACAAAGCUUCGUAGAUGGUUGAUUGUACUGGUGGCUUGUCAUAACGUCCGGCCCACCUCUCAAUGGUAAGCUCUAGUGGGUAGAUCAGCAAUCCUUUCUAAGAGGAUUUGUACCAUAUAUAUAGUUCAAUUCAGAAAUAAAUUUUCUGUUCUUUUUUUAUUUCUUUCUCAAAUUUCAUAUCUUAGGGCUUAUUAAUUGGUGGGGUGUGGCUGUGUUUUGGUUAGUGCGGAAGCCCGCCUUUCAUAUUUGAGAUGUAGUUUCUGAUUUAGAUGAUUGUGUUUUAGUGGCUAAUCCAGUUGGUUCAACGUAGUUAGAUGAUAUGCUCUUCAUUCUAGAGAAAGGAACUGAAAAUGUUUAUUCAUUCUGUAUUCCCAUUGAAGUCAUUUUUCCUUUGAAUGUCAAUCAUGUAGUAUUUCGCCAUUAA